UUACUCUGGUGCUUUACAGUGUUGUAACUUGCUUCCUUCUUGGGUGGGAGGGUGUGGUGUUUUUUUUCACAUUCCUGAGCCAGAAAGUUACUGCACAGUAAAACACACAUGUAGACUUACUCUUUCACUCCUCAGACUUAGCCUUUGACUCCUGUCUUUGCUGGUUCCACACCUAUACCCUAUGGCCAUGUCUCCACUAAGUUUUUUUUAACCUUGAAGUAAUUGAAGUGCCAAUUAAUCCAUGGUAAUUAACACCUUUUGUAAAGACUUGUAUAGCCACUUCUUGGACAAAUGAAAAUGUAAGAGUAAAAUUCAGUUUGGUGUCAAAACAUUUGAACACCAGACAGAGCUUUCUUAUUGUAUUAUGUAAAUAUAGGUCAGUAACCUUUUUCUUUGAAUUUAGAUGGCCCUGCUAUGCUAUUCUAGCUUCUAAACUGGAGUACCAAAGAAACCUUGCCGCAGGGCUUGAAUACAUUUGAUCUCUUGUAUUUGAUGUAGGAUGAAAGACCGGCUAUGGGACCUGUAUGAAUUAGCCAAGCUUUAUAACCAACAGUUUCCUAACAAUGAGGAUGAUGAGAAUUUACCUGAUGAAACACUCCUGUUUGAGACGGAUGAUGCUCUUGCAAGCCUUUACAAAGUUAUCCAGAGUAUCAGAACAGACAACCUCCACCUGAAAGAUGAUGUCAGGCGGCUAGGUAAACAAAAUAGCCGCUUUCUUACCUCCAUGCGCCGCCUCAGUAGCAUCAAACGAGAUACUAACAGCAUUGCCAAAGACAUCAAAGCUCGUGGAGAAGGCAUCCAUAGGAAACUCCAAACAAUGAAAGACUUUAGUGAAGAUGCAGAAACAAAACAUGGCACAAUGUCUGUCAUAACCCGUGUAUCAAAGAAUCACUAUGUUGACCUCAUGCAUGCCUUUCAGGAAGCCAUGUUUGAGUACAAUGAGGCAGAGAUGAACCAGCGGGAGAACUGCAAGAUUCGGAUCCAGAGACAGCUGGAAAUCAUGGGCAAAGAUGUUUCAGGAAACCAGAUUGAGGACAUGAUCGAGCAAGGCAAAUGGGAUGUUUUCUCUGAGAAUCUCCUAUCUGAUGUUAGAGGGGCUCGUGCAGCCUUGAAUGAAAUAGAGACACGGCACAAAGAGUUGAUGAAGUUGGAGUCUCGGAUCAGGGAAGUUCAUGAGCUCUUUCUGCAGGUGGCACUGCUGGUGGAGCAACAGGCUGACACCUUUGACAUUAUUCAGCUGAAUGUGGAAAAAGUUGAGAACUAUGUAGGAGAGGCUAAAUGUCAGGUGAGGAAAGCUUUGGAAUAUAGGAGGAAGCACCCUUGUCGAACACUCCUCUGCUGUUGCUUCUCAUGCUUCAAAAGGUUUGGACAAAAACAGGAGGAGAGAGACAUUUAAGACCAAAUGUUGCAGAUUGCAGUUCCCAUUGAUUUCACUUGAUUGAGAACUGAAGAAUUUAGCCCUUACUUUUGAAGGCCUUUGUUUUCUGCGUUAGUCCUACUGAGGAACAGAUGGCCAUACCAAAAGUACGCACAAUAUUCGAACUACAGUAUUUCUAAGCAGCUUUCUGCUACAUUGUGAUUUAUUGUUACUUUGAAUUGAUACAACUUUUUUUUCCAGAUGUUACAGUGAAUUCAAAUAUCUUUUGUUAUAUUUUCUUUAUUUCCUUUUAAUAAUAUUAUAUUUUAACAUUUCACACUUGUAUUUUGGUGUCUACCUGCCCAAAUGUACCCAACUAUCCUUCUGCACCUUUCACAAUUAUAAGUUUCUCUCUGUCUUCUGGCCAAUAAAUGUAUAUUGUAACAAAUUAUCUUGAAUUACUUGCAAAACAGUAAGGCCUUGCAAAAAGAAAUUAUCUGCUUUAAACUUUCUUUGCCUGUCAAGAAAAUGCUUCUUACUGGAUAGGCUUACAUGAAAGACUGUGAACAAGAACACUUUUUUUCUUAAGCUGAAAAUCACUUCACUUGAAACUAAAUAUUACGCACUUGUGCCUGUAUUCACAUAUGCUCAUUGACUAGAAUUAUAUAGGGCACACGAGAACUUCAAACAAGAUUGUGUUUAUGGUAUACAGUGAAGUCUUGAAGUCAUCAGUGUUAAUUUGCUUGGGGAAAUUCAAACAAUUCACAUGUGAACUGUAAGGGGGAAAAGAAUAAGGGUGUCAAAUGCGUUGGCACUUGUUCCUAAUAUUUAAGGGCCAUUGACAUGUUGAAUAGCACCUUACUCUCCCUUUAGUUAGUUUAGUAGUUCCAGUCAAGUCAGGAAGACAGUUUCUGAAGAAAGGUAUUUAGCAUGAGGAUAUCAGAAUCUUGACCUAAAUCAGGCCACAAGAAAGUUUAAUCUAUUGUAAUUUUGCCAUUCCCCUUUUGAUAACAUUAUGUAAAUGUUCUAAUAUUUCUUUUUUGUACAUUUGUAUACCUAUAAAUGCAAUAAAGUGUUUCAACAUAAUGGUAAAAUGCAGAGUCACACCUUUAAUUAGCAGAUCCAAAUAGGUUCUUGCAUGUUAAUAUUCUGUGGAACUUGGCUUAAAAGUGGCAGUAGUAAGCU